GUGUUGACGUCUCACCGGGCAGCCGGCAAAGACUUCCGGCAAAUGAGUGGCACUGAAGAGCCCCGAGGCUGGCGUGAGGCACAGGAACUGUCCCCACCAAAGGUGCUACAGAUCUACAAGGGCUUUGUCACCAAACCUGCUGCAGCAGCAGCAUGGUCUAAAGGAGCCUUUGCUCCCCAACCUGAGAAGUGGAGCCGGGGCGGUUUGUUCAUCUCCAGUGCUGACCCAGCUGCUGCUCAGCAACAGGAGAUCAAGGAUGACUCCCUGGAGCUACGGAGGAAAAUAGUGAACAUGGAAAAUCCUGUGAUGAAAUACACGGAACUGGAAUAUAUUGGCAGAGGGACUUUUGGAGAUGUUUGCAGAGCACUUGACAAUGCCACAGGAGAACAGGUGGCCAUAAAGAAAAUAAAUCUCCAAGAACUGAGGAAGAAGGAACUAAAAGUCAAUGAACUCAUGCUCAUGAAGCCAAAUAAGAAUCCCAACCUGGUCAACUAUUUAGACAGGUGA